AUGGCAGAUAGUCUGGUCGAAACGCCCGCGGCCAGUUCCGGGCAUUUGAUAAACCUGAACGUGAUGAACACGCUCGCUGGCGGAUCAUCGGUCGAUCCGGGCAGCUCAUCCUCUUCGUCGUCAUCCUCGUCCUCGUCCUCGUCGUCGGUUGCUUCCUCUUCCGGCACGGGGGCGUCGGCCAGUUCGACCAAUACGACGCACGAUGGGCCUAGCGGAUCGGUUCUGAUUACGGUCAGUGCCUCCACAAGUUCGCAACCCGCGCGCCAGUCGAGCCUCGCCUCCGAUCUGCUGCUUAAUCAGAUGCUAAACAUCGCUCAGCAUCGAGCCGCCAUAACGAACAAUAAUAACAACUCGGCACAACAACCGUCAUCUUCGUCGGCGUCGCCAGCGCCCUCGUCGUCCUCGUCGUCCUCGACCGUGUCCUCAUCGGGGGCCGGUGGUCCGGUCGUGAGCUCGCAGCUGUCCACCCCCGCCGUCGUCCCACCCACUGCGUCCUCCUCGUCCUCUUCCUCGUCGUCGUCCGGGGCCUCGUCGGGCUCGGGCGCGGCCACCAGUUCUGUGCAGCAGCAACCGCUCGAGCUGCUGCACCGCGAAACGCCGAAGGUGGCCCCGGGCAAUCGGUCGCUGGGAGCAGGCCAUGGACGGCCCGGGGACGAACGGCCAGGAACGGACGACUGCGACGAACCGGAAGCGAAGCGCAAGAAGAUCGAAAGCCCCAACGCCAAGGUGGAAAAGUUGGAACUUCGGCUCGGCGGUAUACUGUGCUGUGCCGUCUGCCUGGACCUACCGAGGACCGCCAUGUACCAGUGCUCCAUGGGACAUCUGAUGUGUGCCGGAUGUUUCACCCACUUGUUGGCCGAUGGCAGGCUUCGCGAUCAGAAUGCCACGUGCCCGAACUGCCGCACGGAAAUUAGCAAGGCGAACUCGACGCGCAAUCUAGCGGUUGAGAAGGCCGUCUCGGAACUUCCGGCCGAGUGCCAGUACUGCGGCAAGGAGUUUCCGAACAAGUCAAUCGACUAUCAUGAGUCGACGGAGUGUGAAGAUCGUCCGACCGACUGCAAGUUUGCACGCAUUGGCUGCCAAUGGCGUGGCCCAAUCCACGAGGUGCCGUCCCACGAGACAAACUGCGCCCACCCGAAAAAGUCGGGCGCCGAGGUGAUGGUGGCCCUGCAGGACCACGACGCAAAGGCUGCCGAAGAUAAGAAGCUGUUCCUCUCGCUGAUCGACUUGCUGAGCUAUGAGAAGAUCAUCUUCAAUGAUUUGCAGAUGAAACCGUACAGAACGGAUGAGUACGUGCACCGCUUGUACUAUGAGACGAGCCGCUUCUCUGCCUUCAACCAUCAAUGGGUAGUGAAAGCAAUCAUCAACAAGAGUCAACGCUACCCGCACGAGUCGUGUGAGCGAGAUAUCACCUAUCAACUUAUACUAAAAUCCAAGACAUCGAGCCCAUUGCCGAUGCACUUCUUUGUGCUCCGUGGACCGUUUUCGGACAUUAAGGUUAACACGCAAAUAUACAAGCAUGACUUCGCCGACACGGAAACCGAAAGUCCGUUCAAUCUGCUACCGUUGCCGGAUACGGCCGAAUGCAACCGGCUUCUUGCGGCAAAAUCAAUCAAUUUCAGAUUAAUUAUGUUCUUGGCAUCGAAGUAAGAAUGAGUGGGCAGCUAGCAGUGCAAACACCAUAUUUCAGGAUCGUCGUGAAGCUUAUAAGUUUAUUUACUACAUAUGUAAGCAUUUGUGUACUAAGUUUAUUUUUACUCUUCUUCGAACUGUGGGUUACUUUUAAAUGCGCUGUUCAUGUGUGAGUUUCAAUAUUGAAAUGUUUUUAUUAUUAAAAAACUUAAUGGCUGAAAUUGAAUUCCUUUAUACAAACAACUUUAAUUUCCAUGAGCUUAUUGCUUGAGCGUUGGUCACACUUGUUAUCGCAAAUUGUUGAACGAAUUUAAUUGUCUCAAUAAGAUGGACCAAAAAGGAAUCCUUUGUACCAUGAGUUCUCUCCAGUCACACUUCCCCGUUCAUGCAUAAAAUCGUUCAAAGUUGCACAAUUUUUGCAGUUGUAUGCCAUUAAAGAAAAAUGAAAUAUGAAAAGAACAGACAGCUAUAUUGAGUGAUCAACAGCUAAAUAGAGUAAGCACCAAUCUCGUUUUGGAUGCGAUUAAAAAAUAAUAAGAAGAUGAUAGUGCGCGGGAAAUAUUAAAUACUACGUUGCCAUCUUCACGAAUAUACAACUAAUCACACGCCGAUAUAUAACAGUACAUUAAUUUACAACAGCAAACGAACAGUAGCAAACCCGGCAGAGAGCCGUAAUAAUAGAAAAUAAUAUUCAUAAUACACAAUGCACCGGCAGUGUAAUGAUAAUUUUGAGCGAUCUUGUUUCACAAUCAUGUGUUAUUGUUGAAAGUAACACAUAUUCUGAAGUGUUUUUUUUUCUUCAAAUAUAUGCUAGAAAUAAUACUAAAUGGUAACAAAGACAUAAGAAUAAUAGCGAAUGUAAGAAUAUACAAAUUCAGAUAGUGUGAUACAUGAACUUGGCAAAGAUUGGAUUAGUAACACCGAUUCCACGCGAAUUGGAGGAGUGGAGAGCAAAAUUCUAUGUUGGGGCAGUUAGUCUUUGAGUUGAAAGCUUGUAAAGACUUACGUAGAGGAUUUUGUAGCAGACGUCUAAUGGUAAAUCUAAGGCGUGGAGCUUGCAAUCUAUUUUUUUAUUUUUCUUCAUAUGUUGAAUUUGAAGCGUUUCUAUAUAUACAAAAGCAUACGACAUUCUAAACAGGAGUCCAAUUUGGCUUUGAGAUUUUUUUUAUUCUUCGCAUAACAAAAGGAAAUUCAAUUUUGUUUGCUUUUGCUUGAAAUUCGGACCUUUCGAACUCUAUACGAAUACGAAGCAACUACUAAAAGACAAUUUGAAUAGUUUGGUUGAUCAAACCUAGAUCAUUACGUAAAGGUAAAGUUCAGAAAUUGCGAGUGUGUAUUUUUCACUUUUCGUCUUUUAAAUAUAAAACAAUAGGUGAUAAGAUGUGCCCAAGAGCUUUUUAUACCCACACACAUAUUUUAAUUUUUCGUCAAUUUACCCGACAUUUCUCUGUAACAUAGUUAUUCAAUAUGAUCUUAUCGCUGUCAUACAUCUAAUUACUAGUGAUUAAGAAUGAAUAUAUUUUGUUUCUUUUGAUG